AUGAGUCCCGGUAUUCUGAAUGGAGAGCCCUCCGUCGGUCCUGAUGGACCGAGGAAGAAGGGCAAGGCGACCCCCGAGACACUCGCGGUGGGGUGCAUCGCGUGGGUAGAGAAGGAAGGCCAGCCACGCCGCGCAGAGAUUUUGAGCAUCAAGGAGACGAAAAGCGGUCGCCAGUACUACUGCAACUUCGACAACUUCAACAAGCGACUCGACGAAUGGGUCCCCAUUGCGCGGAUAGAUUUCGACCAAGAGGUAGAAUGGCCCAACCCCGAGAAGGACAAGGCGAAGGACAAGGCCAAGAAGGCCUCGACCGCCCCUGGGAAGAAGACGCAGGUUGGCAAGAGGCCACAAAAGCGCCCAGGCAAGCGAGAACAGUCUGUCAUGUCCGAGGGUCAGACGCCAGUCACCUUUACAGAGGCUGCCGAACCCACGUCGAAGGCUACUCCGCUCGGCAUCGAUGGCGACGAGAAAGCCACACCGAGUCAAGUAGCCACACCGAGCGCCAUUGCUGAUGAUAUGGAUAUCGACGAUGAGGCGACUCCCAUAGAUGAUAAAAAAGAACGAGCCCCGUCAUUUAGCCGGGAGGAGGAGAUUGAGAAGCUGAGAACCUCCGGGUCCAUGACACAGAAUCCGACGGAGGUCUCGCGAAUUCGAAAUAUCUCGAAAGUACAAUUUGGCAAAUACGACCUCUUCCCGUGGUAUUUCUCGCCGUAUCCGGAGGUGUUUGGAGAGGAAGACGUUAUCUUCAUUUGCGAGUUCUGCCUGAGUUAUUAUGCCGACCAGAAGUCAUUCACGCGACAUCGUCACAAGUGCACCCUUCAGCAUCCUCCCGGAAACGAGAUCUACAGAGACGAUUAUGUCUCAUUCUUCGAGAUCGAUGGACGAAGGCAACGCACAUGGUGCCGAAACUUGUGUUUGCUAUCGAAGAUGUUCCUGGACCACAAAACCCUAUACUAUGAUGUCGACCCUUUCCUAUUCUACGUCAUGACAACCAGAGACGAGAAAGGUUUCCAUCUCGUCGGCUACUUCUCAAAGGAGAAAGAGAGCGCGGAUGGCUACAACGUUGCCUGUAUCCUGACUCUCCCACAAUACCAAAGAAAGGGCUAUGGUCGUCUGCUCAUUCAAUUCUCCUACGAGCUAUCAAAGAUUGAAGGGAAGCUCGGAUCGCCCGAGAAACCGCUGUCUGAUCUGGGUCUACUCAGUUACCGUCAGUAUUGGUCUGAGAAUAUUGUUGAGCUGCUUGUCGAGUACAACGAGAAAGAGGACAAAUGCAGUAUCGAAGCAAUUGCCUCGCGGCUAGCUAUGACAACUCAGGAUGUGGAGCACACCUUACAGGCGCUGAAGAUGCAGGUGUAUCACAAGGGCGAACACAAGGUGGUGAUACCCGACAGAUUGCUACAACAAAGGGAGAAAUCAAAGUUGAAGAACAAGAGAGCCAUCGAGUCAGAACGCAUACAGUGGAAGCCUCCGGUCUUCACAGCAUCGAACCGAACUUGGGGGUGGUAA